GAGCGAGAGAGAGAGAGAGAGAGAGAGAGCGCGUGUGCCUGAGACACGGUGAGUGAGAGAAGGAAAGAGGCGUUCUACUGAGAGAGAGCUGUGAAGACCAAGAAAAGGAAGGAGCAACGGAGGGGAAAACGGAAGGCAUUACAUCACCAGCUCCUUAAACAGGCAAAAAUUAAGACAUCCCUGGGGAGAUGGCAGGAAAAUAAACUAACAAAUCAAAAAUAGAAAAUAAGGACAAUUGCUUCCUUCUUGAGGACCUGUCUCUCCUUGUGGAAAGGAAUCAAGAUCUACAGGAUCCAAUCCUGGCUGAAAACUCUGUGUGUGUGUGUUGUGACUCAGACACCACCACGGCACUAUGCUGAACAACCUCACGGACUGUGAAGAGGGCGACGGUGGACCUAACCAGGGUGAUGCCAACCCCAAGGAAAGCAGUCCCUUCAUUAACAGCAGCAAUGUGGAAAAAGGAAAAGAAUAUGAUGGGAAAAACAUGGCUCUGUUUGAGGAGGAAAUGGACACCAGUCCAAUGGUAUCUUCUCUCCUCAGCAGCCUGGCCAACUACUCUAACUUGCCCCAGGGAAGCAAGGAGCAUGAGGAGGCAGAGAACAAUGAAGAGGCACGCAAGAAACCUGUCAAGGCUCCUCGAAUGGGCACCUUCAUGGGUGUCUAUCUGCCCUGUCUGCAGAACAUCUUUGGAGUGAUCUUGUUUCUGCGUCUCACCUGGGUUGUUGGAAUUGGAGGGGUGAUGGAGUCCUUCUGCAUCGUCUUCAUGUGUUGUGCCUGUACUAUGCUGACUGCUAUCUCUAUGAGUGCCAUUGCCACAAAUGGAGUUGUACCAGCUGGAGGUUCCUACUACAUGAUUUCACGCUCGCUUGGCCCAGAAUUUGGAGGUGCCGUUGGGCUCUGCUUCUACCUUGGGACUACAUUUGCUGGUGCCAUGUAUAUCCUUGGAACCAUUGAGAUUCUACUGACAUAUAUAGUACCAAAUGCAGCUGUCUUCAAAAUGGAUGGCCUGGAAGGGUCAGAGGCUGAAAGUGCCAUGCUAAACAAUAUGCGCAUCUAUGGCACUUGUGUUCUUUCUUGUAUGGCUGUGGUGGUCUUCGUUGGAGUAAAGUAUGUGAAUAAGCUAGCACUGGUCUUCCUUGCCUGCGUCAUUGUCUCCAUUAUUGCUAUCUAUGCUGGAGUUAUCAAGUCAGCCAUCGAUCCUCCUGAUUUCCCGAUCUGCAUUCUGGGCAAUCGCACCCUGAUCUGGAAAGACUUUGAUAUUUGCGCAAAACUUGUGGAAGUAGGCAAUGAAACAGUCACCACUAAACUGUGGAGGCUCUUCUGUGACUCACCAUUCCUAAAUGCCACUUGUGACCAGUAUUUUACAGUCAACAAUGUCACAGAGGUGCAGGGAAUUCCAGGCGCAGCAAGUGGAAUCAUCACUGAAAAUCUCUGGAGUAACUACAUGGAGAAAGGAAUAAUCCUCGAGAAGAAAGGGGAGGAAUCGGUGCCCAUCGAUGAAGGAACCCCCAGUUUCACUAAGAAUUAUGUUAUUAGUGACAUGACCACCUUCUUCACACUGCUGGUGGGAAUCUACUUUCCUUCCGUCACAGGCAUCAUGGCAGGAUCAAACAGAUCAGGAGAUCUUCGGGAUGCUCAGAAGUCAAUCCCAAUCGGCACCAUCCUUGCAAUUUCUACAACUUCCUUUGUCUAUAUGUCCAGCAUAAUUUUGUUUGGGGCCUGUAUUGAGGGUGUAGUACUGAGAGACAAGUUCGGUGAGGCUGUCAAUGGUAACCUGGUCAUUGGAACUCUGGCUUGGCCUUCACCUUGGGUUAUUGUUAUUGGGUCCUUCUUCUCCACCUGUGGAGCAGGUCUGCAGAGCUUAACAGGGGCACCCAGGCUCCUGCAGGCUAUCUCAAGGGAUGGCAUUGUCCCCUUCCUCCGAGUAUUUGGCCAUGGUAAAGCAAAUGGCGAGCCAACCUGGGCUUUGCUCCUAACUGCCUCUAUUUGUGAAAUUGGGAUCCUCAUUGCCUCUCUGGAUGCUGUGGCACCUAUUCUUUCCAUGUUCUUUCUGAUGUGUUAUAUGUUUGUAAACCUUGCCUGUGCCUUGCAGACACUUCUUCGGACCCCUAACUGGAGACCCCGAUUCAAAUACUACCACUGGACUCUGUCGUUCCUGGGUAUGAGCUUAUGUCUGUCACUUAUGUUUAUCUGUUCCUGGUACUAUGCCAUUGUUGCCAUGGUUAUCGCUGGUUGCAUCUACAAAUACAUCGAAUAUCGUGGGGCUGAGAAGGAGUGGGGAGAUGGAAUCAGAGGAAUAUCCCUCAGUGCAGCCCGAUUUGCUCUGAUGCGGCUAGAAGAAGGACCUCCUCACACCAAGAACUGGAGGCCUCAGCUCCUGGUCUUGGUGAAUGUUGACCAGGACCAGAAUGUCAAACACCCUCAAUUGCUUUCAUUCACCAAUCAGCUGAAGGCGGGUAAAGGCCUGACCAUUGUGGGCACAGCGCUGGAAGGGACCUACCUGAACAACCACCUGCAGGCACAGCGGGCUGAGCAGUCCCUACGACGACUAAUGGAAGCUGAGAAGGUCAAAGGGUUCUGCCAAGUUGUGAUCUCAUCUAACCUACGGGAUGGAUUAUCCCAUCUGAUCCAGGCUGGAGGUCUUGGAGGCUUGAAGCACAACACUGUCCUGGUGGGAUGGCCACGGAGCUGGAAACAAGCUGAAGAUCACCAGACCUGGCGUGGGUUCAUUGAACUGGUGCGAGAGACCACUGCUGCACACUUAGCUCUGCUGGUGCCCAAAAACAUUUCUGCAUACCCAUCCAAUCAGGAGCGAUUCACGGAGGGCAACAUUGACGUGUGGUGGAUUGUACAUGACGGAGGGAUGCUUAUGCUGUUGCCUUUCCUUCUGCGUCAGCAUAAGGUGUGGAGGAAAUGCAAGAUGCGUAUCUUCACAGUAGCUCAGAUGGAUGACAAUAGCAUUCAGAUGAAAAAAGACCUAACCACCUUCCUUUAUCAUCUACGAAUCAAUGCUGAGGUUGAGGUGGUGGAGAUGCAUGACAGUGACAUUUCAGCAUACACCUAUGAGAAAACUCUGGUUAUGGAACAACGCUCCCAGAUUCUUAAACAGAUGCACCUCACCAAGAAUGAGCGUGAAAGAGAGAUCCAGAGCAUAACAGAUGAAUCUCGUGGCUCCAUUCGACGCAAGAACCCAGCAAAUACACGAAUCCACCUGACUGUGCAGGAUGACCAAGCAGAGGGGAGUGAAGAAAAACCAGAAGAAGAGGUCCAGCUAAUCCAUGACAAAAAUGCAGCACCCACCCCUGCCAGCCCCCAAUCCCCUGCAGAGGAGGCGGAAACCCCUGGAGAAAAGGUUCACAUGACAUGGACUGAAAAAUUUACUGGUGAUAAGAACAAGGGCAAAGGCCCCAGCACACCAGAAGCCAUCAAAGACAUCUUCAACAUGAAGCCUGAAUGGGAGUCCCUGAACCAAUCUAAUGUUCGACGAAUGCAUACUGCUCUUAAGCUAAAUGAAGUUAUAAUGAAAAAGUCCCAGGAUGCAAAGCUGGUCCUUCUGAAUAUGCCAGGACCACCGAAGAACAGGACAGGAGAUGAGAAUUACAUGGAGUUUCUGGAGGUACUCACUGAAGGCCUCAAUCGGGUUCUGCUGGUGCGUGGAGGAGGCCGGGAGGUUAUCACCAUCUACUCUUGAGAUCCCCAGCUUGACUUCCAUCAGAUUAUUUGCAAAUGACUGAACCGUCCUCGGCGCCUUGUAUAGAAGGAACAGACCCAUACCACCCUACCCUUUUCUGAUCAAAUGGUGGUGAUAUCAGCUCCACCAUCAUUUGUCAUUUGACAGCAACAAGAAAAAAAAAAUGCAAGCUCUACGUACCCUUGUUGUCCAGCCACUCAAGUACAGGUUAUAUUCACUUGGCGCCUGCAGACAUUUAAAUAUUUCAUGCAAGCUUCAAACCAUCUAUUAGAACCUUUAACACAGAUGGGAAAGCUGGUUUUGUUUGUUAUUCACCACACCUGUAUUGGCUGGAGGCACACAUUUCUGGUGUUCUGAUUAUUAUGUGAAUUUGAAUGCGAUUUUGUCAAACUUCGUGACAAGCCAACCUGCUUUUUACCUGCCACUGCAUUUGAACACGUGGAGGCUCUUCUGAAAGACUGAUGAAUGUGGCGCAAAGCUGCUUUCUGGGAAAAUGGCUUUUCAGAGAGGUCAAGGCUAAAAUCCUUGAACCGUGAAGCUACAUAUAUAGGGGAAAAGUGCAUGGUUUGAUAAAAGAAAAAAGAAAAUACUUGUCAUUUUUUUUAAUUGUCUGAGUUGAGAUGUAAAAAUUGGGUGCAUAUAUAAAGCAUGAAAAACAUGAAAAUGUAGACCCUGAGCAUUGAAAACCUUUUAAAAAUCUUAAUGUAAAGUUUAAAUAGCA